GCUGCCAUCCCUCAAAAAAAAAAAAAGAACAACUGCCGCUGCCGCAUAGCCGCCACGGCCAACGCCCUCACACCGCACCGCCACGCCGCGCGCGAGCCAGCAAGAGGGCGACCGGCGUCGAGCAGGCCCCGGACGGUGGCACCGCGUCGUGCGAGCCGGCGACCGUGAGUGGACUAGCAGCGAGGAGCGGCCGCCGGAUCGCGGGGCUCUGCGGACCGCGCGGCGCGGACGGCGACGGCAGCAGAUUGCCCCCUUUAAGACAUCAAUCCGAGCCUUCUCUUUUGUUCAAUUUCAGUGCCAGGGAGCAGUAUAGUUUUUCUUCUGUCAAGAGGGGUGGGCGUUCUCUCAUUUCCUCAAGUAGAGGAGAAGCGGUAUAAAGUUGUUUGGUGCUAAUGGAACCAAAGCAUUCUGCUGAAAUGUCCAGGCAUUUGGACAAGCAAAAUCAUGCCCUAAUGGAAACAUACCGAGUAAUGUCCCAUGAGUUGCAUAAACUACAGGUUGAAGAGGAAACAAUCAUGCGCAAGUUGUAUGAGCUGAUGUCUGCAGAAGGGCUUCUUCCAAAGCACAAGGAAAAAAGGCAGCCGGAGAAAGCUGGGGAAUCAAGCCAGGAAAACGAAGAACAGGAACCAUAGAAUGUUAACCGUGAAUCUGCAGUAUAUGAUGUUACAUGGGGAUGCAAGUUUGGCUGAAUAGCAACAGAUCUUUGGUAUCCACUCCAAUGGAUAUAUUCUGUAGUGAAAUUUUUGUCUCAGUUCCAGCAGUUAGUUUCCCUGUAAUUUUCCAAACUGCACAAUUUUAUAUUGAAUCUGGCUAUUGUUCUGUGGGGACUUUUGAGAUGGGUUUCGAGCCUUGUUUGUUCCUAGACGCUUUGGAAAGCUUUGGGGCAUGCAUGACUAGCACAUGAAUUUUGUGAAUCUUGAAUGUGACUAUCGUCCAAA